GCCCGGCGGAACACAACGCGCGUUUCUUUGUUUGAGUAGAGCCUGCCGGGGAGGGAGGGGAGGGGAGGGGAGGGACGGCCCCAGAGAGGGAGGAGGAGGGAGAGGGAGGCGAGGGGAGGAGGGGAGGGCCGGGGCGGCGGAGAGGCAGCCGAGGCGAGCCGAGCGAAGCGGAGGGACGACGGCGGGGGGAGCCAGCCAGCCAGCCAGCCAACCCACCCACCCAGCCAAGCCAGCCAGCCGGCCGGCCGUCGAGGGGGCAGCCUCUUCUGCUGCGCCCGGAGCACCGCCGCUGCCUGGGAGUGGGGAGGGGGCGCGGGGGGGGGCCCGAGCCGGAGCCAGCGCGACCCACACAGCCAGCGAGCGAGAGGCCGCUCGGAAGAAAGCCUGACCCCCCCCUCCCCCCCACCCGCCAGCCGGGCUUCGCGGCGCCCCUCUUUCUGCAGAUUGGGUUCCACGCCAUGGCUGGAGCGUAGCCGUGUGUGCCCCUCCCCCCGCCACACGCGCCUUGUGGGCUGGAAAACCACAUGGGCCCGGUGUGGGGGGGGAGCCAUCCGAUGAAAAAGCAGCGACGGGACUCCCCUGUUUUGGCCUUGUUAGGAGACUGAUGUGGAAGAUGAUUGGUGGCCACAUGAAGCGCAUCGCAUGAUUGGCCGCCUCCAAGGAGAGAGAGAGCCACUCAGAGCGUCACUGGCCCGGUAGGUGUGCACAGGCUGUGGUUUGCAUGCGGAGUGAGGGGAGGGAAGGGUUAAGUCCGGAGAGCAUCACGGCUGAGGCUCCGCCUCUGCUCCCCACACGAGGGAAUCUCAUUGGAGGAGGGAAAGCGAGGCUCUGCCCUGCAGGAGGUGGGGUCUGUGUUCAUUGACUGGAGAAACACAGAGUAUUAACUCCUUCCUUGCUGCUCCUGAUUGCAGUCUUAAGAAGCGGAGUAAAUAAUUUGCACUCCCGGUUUCUUUGGCAAGGGAAUUCAUGCCGGUUUGGGCGGAGGGAGUUCAGAGGAUUUGAAAAAAAUUAGUGCCACUUAGAAACUCUGGAAACAAAAUACAGAUUUGUUAAGAGAAAGAAUCGGGGAUGACUGAUGUGAAAUAAUGUGGUUUUAAAUGACAACAUGUCUCUUGUUUAACGGAAAAAGCAUUUCAAUGUGAUUUAUUUCGUAUAAUCAAAGCUGUCUUUUUGUAUCAUGUCCAGAACCGAAGCCAUCAAUUCUACUUUAGGAUAAAAGUUGGAAUGAAAUAUAUAUACGAUACUAUAUAAUAUAUAUGUUAUAUACAAUAUAUAUUUCCCCCCCAAAAAAGAUCAGUUAAGUGGUAACUAACGGCCUUGCUUCCCAACAUAAUGGAUAUAUCUUACUGAUGUAUAAAAUGUCUAGAUUAUUUGGAUUUUAGAUCUCCAACAUAAAACAAGGACUGCCUCCCACCACGGCUUUGGAGUGACUCUCUUUUUCCUUUCCCUCCCAGCAUUGCAUGUGGCUGUGACCGGAAAAAAGGAUAAGCUCGACACCAGAGAAACGCAGCUGGCAGGCGGCAGGGUGGUGGCACCCGUCGCUCAGACCCAGGGGGGUGGAGGGGGGGACCCAGGACGCAUCCAUCACGGGAGGAGCGGCUGGAUGCAUCGCACAGUGGAACAACUUGGGGGCCGUGCUGGACGGGACCCCUUUUCUGUCGGCAGUCUGAGCUGCAGCGGAGCUUGGAGUUCGUGCCACCCUCGCCCAUGGCUCCCGGGCGGCAGGUGCUCUGCCAGCGUUGGCCAACCUCAGCUGCCUCUGCACCUGCCGCCCAACCAUGUCUCCAGCAUGGGGCAACACGGCAAGGGCUAUUUCCCCCCGGGGAAUCUGGCCCCGCGCCCGUUGCACGGGAAACUGGAGGCCAUCCACGGCUGCGUCCAAGCCCUGUUGCGAGACCAGGGGCAGCCGCAGCUGUGGGAACAGCUGGGUGAGAUCUACGAGUCGGAGCAAGAUUGCGAGGAAGCCGUUCGCUGCUAUCAGAACGCCGCCCGCUACCAGCGCGACUAUGGGGGCUACGACGAGAUGCACGCGCGGAUCGGACGCCUGCAGCAGGCUCACCUGUGGAACUUCCAUCCAGGAUCUUCUCACCACCGUCCGAAGGCGUUACCCCCUCUGCAGCAAGUUUGGAACCUCUUGCACCUCGAGAAGCGGAAUUUCUCGGCUAAGCGCAAUCCCCAGCUGAAGAGGUCCGGCCCACCGAUGGAACCCCCCGUGGUCCAACCCAUCCCCCCAGCGCAGCACCCACCCCAUCCCGGGCACGGAGAAGAGAUGCCCGCCCCCAUGAAGAGGCGGAGGAGCACCAGCCCUGACCAGAACGGCAGUGGAGUAGGGCAGCACCCCCCCGGCCCCGGAGCCCCCGGAAACCCUCAUUACCAGCUGUCUAAACCCGGAUUAUGGAACCCCCUCCAUGGAGAGACGUGGGGCCUGGAGCGCAAGAGCGUCGCUACCCCAGAGAGACAAGAGCAGAGAAACUCCGCGGCUCACCCCUUCACCUACCCGCCUCCUGCCUACGGCUCGCAUCCCCCGCCGCACCGCCUGCCAGCCAUGGCCCCCAGCCCCCGCACACCGCCAGCACACCGACCCCCCCUCGACAGCCAUGGCUGCCUGGCCCGGCCCAACGGAAGUGACCUUAGAGACAGCCGAGUCCCCCGGGCACGUCCAGAGUCCACCGCCACACCAGCAACCGUCGCCUGCGUGCCUUACACCCCGCGCCCAAGCCCGGGAGGACAUCCCGUCACCAGCAAGACCACCCCACGGGGGCAGCCGAACCCGGACAGCCUUGGGUCUGACCAUUACCAAACGCCGGCAUUACAGCAAUCCAACUCUGCCCAGGAGAGCAGCAGCCGCAAACCGCCCCCACCGCUGCCCCCGCCGCCACGUUCAACGCCUUGCCUUGCUUCCCGCAUGCCACCGCCCCCACCCAUCACGAGGGGGGCUCCACCAGCCGUGGCUCAACCACCCACUGCCCCACCACCGUGCCCCCCGCCGCCACCGCCGCCUCCUCCUCCCGCUCCAUUGCCCUGGCUGAAAGGACCAGCAUUCAGUGAUAAGGCAGGAGAGGGCAAAACCAGCGUGGACCCCCUCGAUGAGAUCUUGUUUGGAUGUGGGGAACCCCACCGGGGGGAGCCCCCUCCUCUGGGAAACUGCGAUUCCAGCUGCAGCUUCCAGGACUCAGACACCAGCAGUCCGAAAGGGGCCUUUGUUCACCCUGGGGAAGGGGCCGCGGAGAAGCCGAGCCCACCCGCUUCGGCCAGCCCUGAGUGCGCGCCGGGCCCCGACUUCUGGCUGUCGGAGAGUGGCCGGGAGGAGACGUCUUCGGCUGGGGCCACCAGAUCCUUGACCCCGACCCCCACAAUUACCUCAGGAACCUUCAGAUCGCCAGAGAGCCCCCCUCAGCCGCCAACGUUGCCCCCGCCCCAACCCCCGCCGCUUCCUCCUCCUCCUCCACCUCCCCCACCACCCCCACAGCAGCCCCUGGCCCCCUACGCCAAGACCCCGGACCCCGCCGUGGCGCCCCCAGCCACAGAAGCUGCCCCGUCCCGCCUGUUUGACUUCGCCAGCCCCCCGCUGGAGGAUCAGUUUGAGGAGUCCCCCGAGAUCUCUGCCGACGGCUUGGCGAACAUCAUGAAGAUGUUGGACGAAUCGAUCCGGCAGGGAGAGGAGGAGCGCGAGGAGAGCUUCCCGCCGCCGCCGCCCCCCGCCCCUCUGCUCCCGAGCCCCCCGCCUUUGGCGAGACCAAAGCCCCCCGCCCCGUCCCCUGCCUCCUUCGAUUACCCCAAGCCCCCCGGGCAGGAUCCGCCUGAGCCCCCCUGCUUGUACCGCUUCGGCAAGCGAGACAGGGAAGAGCGGCCCCCGGCAGCCACGGCCGCGGGAGGGGGAGGCCGGUUCCCCCACCACAGCACGGCGUCUCUGCUCAAGUCUUUGGCCACCGUGUUGGAGGGGCAGAAACACUCCUACCGGCCCAAACCGUUGGUCUCCCCUGGUGCUAAGGCUGUUUCUCCAGCCGGGGCCGGCCAGAAUGCCGGACCUCACUUCUCUACCUCAAGCCAAGCCUGGUCCGGAGGGGUGGGGGGCACAGGGGAGCGGGCAGCGACCCCCCCUCCACCCCCCGCGACCCGGCCCAUCAAGACCGAAUCGGAGGUACUUGAAGAAAUCAGCCGUGCUUGUGAGACGCUGGUGGAACAGGCGGGACGUGAGCAGAGCCCCCCUCGUCCCGCCACGCCCCCUCCGCCCGCCACCCCUCCGCCGCCUCCCCCUGCCUCCCCUCCGGCCCCUCCCACCCUGAUUCCCACGCCCCCUCCGCCCCCUCAGCACCCCAAGGACGAGUCCCGCAAACGGGACCGGGAGCACCGGCGGCACCGGCGGUCCGGCAAGGACGGUUCGAGGCGGCACCGGGAGAGCAAAAGCCACAAAGAGAAGAACCGGCAAAUCCUGGGCAGCUUGGACGUGCAGAGCUCCGAGAGCCAGGCCCGGGAAAACGGGGCGAAGCCGCCCCCUCCGGCCGCCCCCCAGCCCGAGCGGAAGCCCCCCCUGAAGAAGGAGGAAGGGACUGUCGGCUCCGGUUCCACCGUCAUGUGUUCCGCCGACCUCCUCAAGCUGCGCUCGUUCACCGAAGGCCCUCCGAAGGAGCUGAAGAUCCGCCUCAUCAAGGUGGAGAGUGGCGACAAGGAGACCUUCAUCGCUUCCGAGGUGGAGGAGCGGCGCAUCCCCUUGAGCGAGGUCACCAUCAACCACCCGGCUGCGGAGGUGGUGCGCGCCUGCAAGCACCACAAGGUAAAGGGGAAAUUUAAGGAGUCUUACCUGUCGCCCGCCCUGUCCGUCAAGCCUCACAUCAACUCUGAUGAAAAACUCCCCCGGGACAAACUCAACCCUCCCACGCCAAGCAUCUACUUGGAAAGCAAGAGGGACGCCUUCUCACCGGUGCUUCUGCAGUUCUGCACUGACCCCAAAAACCCCAUCACAGUUAUCCGUGGCUUGGCUGGCUCCCUCCGCCUCAACCUGGGUCUGUUCAGCACAAAGACGCUGGUGGAGGCCAGCGGAGAACACACCGUGGAGGUCCGCACGCAGGUUCAGCAGCCGUCGGACGAGAACUGGGACCUGCAGGGGACGAAGCAGGUGUGGCCGUGCGAGAGCAGCCGGUCCCACACCACCAUUGCCAAAUACGCCCAGUACCAGGCGGCCUCCUUCCAGGAGUCUCUCCAGGAAGACAAAGAGAGCGAUGAAGAGGAAGCAGAAGAGCCGGACAGCACCACGGAGACUCCCCCCAGCAACCCUGACCAGAAACCUCACCACAUCAUCAAGUUUGGGACCAACAUCGACCUCUCGGAUGCCAAACGGUGGAAGCCACAGCUACAGGAGCUGUUGAAGCUGCCGGCUUUCAUGAGAGUCACCUCUACAGGGAACAUGCUGAGUCACGUGGGGCACACGAUCCUGGGCAUGAACACAGUGCAGCUCUACAUGAAAGUGCCUGGCAGCCGCACACCGGGUCACCAAGAGAACAACAACUUCUGUUCCGUGAACAUCAACAUAGGGCCUGGCGACUGCGAGUGGUUUGCAGUCCACGAACAUUACUGGCAGAACAUCAGUGCCUUCUGUGAGAGGCACAAUGUGGACUACCUGACCGGCUCGUGGUGGCCCAUCCUGGAAGAUCUGUACCAGUCCAACAUCCCCGUCUACCGCUUCAUCCAGCGGCCGGGAGACCUCGUGUGGAUCAACGCCGGGACCGUGCACUGGGUUCAGGCCACCGGCUGGUGCAACAACAUUGCUUGGAACGUUGGCCCGUUGACAGCGUACCAGUAUCAGCUGGCCCUGGAGCGCUACGAGUGGAACGAGGUGAAGAACGUCAAGUCCAUUGUCCCCAUGAUCCACGUCUCUUGGAACGUGGCCCGCACAGUCAAGAUCAGCGACUCGGACUUGUACAAAAUGAUCAAGUAUUGUCUGAUGCAGUCGAUCAAGCACUGCCAGGUGCAGCGGGAGAGUCUGGUGCGGUCUGGGAAGAAGAUCGCCUACCAAGGCCGGGUGAAGGAUGAGCCAGCCUACUACUGCAAUGAGUGCGACGUGGAGGUUUUCAACAUCCUUUUUGUGACCAGCGAGAACGGCGGCAAGAACACCUACCUGGUGCACUGCGAGGCCUGCGCCCGCAAGCGCAGCGCCUCCCUCCACGGCGUUGUCGUCCUCGAGCAGUACAAGACAGAGGAACUCAUCCACAUCUACGACAGCUUCACGCUGGCUGCGGCACCUAGUUCAAGAUGAGCCAUACCACGCCUGGACUUGGACGUCUGGGUUGUUUCUCCAAGCUGGCCUCUCCACCGUGUGUGUGUGUGUGUGUGGUGGAGGGGGCUGUUCUCGCCUGGCCUCCCCUCCUCCCUCUUUCGCAUCUGAGCCUUUGAUGCACUCACUUGCGCCUGCUCCGAGCCAAGGCGGGUGGGACAGAACCGGCAGACUUUGAGGUUUGCCGCCGCCGCUGCCACCCCCCCCAACUCCCCCGGACACACAAUGGAUCCUUUUUAAUUUAUUCUUCAAAAUGAACCUUUUUUCCCCCCUGAGUGGUGCUGAUUUUGUAUUAAAAGAAGAAAAAAACUGGAUUUAAGGGGGGGGGGAAGUACGAUAAAUAGAAGGGCAGAGAAACUGAUCGCCAAGGUGUCCCGGCUGGCCUCUCUAGUGGGAGAGGAAGCGUGGGCCGGCGUCCCCGUCCCGUGUCAAAACCCACCGUGCCCAAGCGCCUCGUGGACAAGGAUCCGGGGGCUUCAGUACAGAAGAGACGAAAGGACUUUUCCUUCACCUAGAGCAUUACCGUUUCGCUUUCUCGACGAGGUCGAAAGUGGACGCAUGGAACGGAGCGGCGCCUCGUAGUUUGGGGCCGUGGUUUGUGCUGGGGUUUCUUUUCUAAACAUACAUUUUUUCUCUCUCUCUUGUCGGAAAUUUUAAAGGAAGAAAAAAGAGAAGUCAAAAGGCAAGCAAGCAAAAAAGUUUAAUACGGGUUUCUUAACACAGGACUUUUUUGUGUGUGGGGGGGUUCAUUUCUCUCUCUGGUUGAACUUCUCUUUGGGAGGGGGGAGAGUGUACAUUGAUUUCUAUAUAUUGGUGGGGAGGGCAGGGGCAAUUUUUCGCGUGUGGUUUUUAACUACGAUGAUGGAUAUUGAUUUCUUACAUCCUUUUAUAUAUUAUAUAUAUAAAAAUAUAAGGAGGAAAAAAAAUCCUGGUUUGUAUUAGAAACUGCUUUUUAAAAACACAAAACAUAAAAACACAACAGAAAGGAGUCCUUCAUGUGAGGCACUGGGGGGGAAUCCCCGUACAAUGGUUAAAAAAAAACAACAGCCCUGCAGAGAGGGCUUGGUGCUGGCCCCAAAUCAGACACACGGGUAGAUGGGAGAAUAUUUUGCAAAAAUGGGGGAGGGUGCCUGCUUCUCCUCCCCCUUUCCUAAGGGGUUCUCUUAGCCCACCCUUAUGCCAUUUUGGGCUGGGGAGGGCUCACAAGGGACUCUUCACACUGUCCCAAAUCUUCCCUCCUUACCUGUAAAAAUCCCUUAACUUUGCCUAACCCUUCAUUCUUUUCCCCUUUCUUCCCUUUCUUCCAUCCAUCCAUUCAUCCCGCCUCCCUCGCACCCCCCAGCAACUUUGCAUGCUUUUGGCUCUAAAGUUCUCACUCCCAAAACAUAGUUUUAAAACCAGAAACGUCUCAGAUUUGGGGUAAUUUUUUUUUGUUUUACUUUUAUAUAUAAGUAUAUUUUGUGUGUUGUGCGUUUGUGACUUCAUGCCUCACAAUUGUUUUGCAAUUUUGUAAAUGUCUUCUUUCUCUCUUCCUUGUUUUAAUUUAUAUGUCCUCUUUUUUUUUUUUUGGUAAUGAUUUCUCUAUUUAUUGGUCCUUUAUUGGGGGUUUGAUCCAGCUUUUUUUUAAAAAAAAGAAGAAUCUUUUUACAAUGUUGUUGUAUCUGCUUUUUAUUUUUAUUUUUAAAGCCUUUUGUGGUUUCUUUUGGAAUUUCUCGCUGGAAUUUUUUUGUUUUUGAGUUUCCGGGGGGAAAAAAAUUGUCUUGAUAUUUUCAACAUGGUGCUCAGUUUAAUCCCGGAUCAUCUGUCGGUUUCCUUUUCAUGUUUUUUUUUUAGCAGAAUUUCACACCACCCUGCAUUAUAGUGCUCUCUCUUCCUUCCGAAACCUGCACUUUUCAAUUUCCCAAUUGUUUUUCUCUCUCACAAACACACUGAAAUAAAACAGAUGAACAUCUAGUGUCUUUGGAAAGCAAAAAUUUUUAAAAAUGGGGUUCUUAUUGUACAGUAGGGGACAAGGAUAAACAAAUCUUAUUUUGUAAAUGUAAAAAAAAUUAAAAUUAACUCACAGAGAUUAAAAAAAAAAA